AUGGUCACCAUCCCCAACUUGACCCUCCUCGCCGCCCUCGUCAUCGGCUCCUGUGUCACCUGCACCGAUCCCAUCUUAUCGCAGGCCAUUGCAAAGGGACCCUUUGCCGAUAAAUAUGUGGCUCGCCCAUUGCGAGAGGUCAUCUCCGCCGAGGCUGGUGCUAAUGAUGGUUUUGGCUUUCCCUUCCUUAUGCUCGCGACAUACUUGCUCCAGCACGCCGAGAACCCUCCUGCUCCAGCUAAAGCUGUUGCCGAAGCUGUGGGCGGAGUUGAGGCGGGGCAUGCGUUGAUGGUACGCGCUGGUGAGGUUGGGCGUCUCGGUGGCGGCGUUGGAGUGGCCAUGACGAACUGGUUUGUUGAGACCUGGCUGUAUACCAUUGUAUUGUCUAUCGCAUAUGGUGCUGUCCUUGGGUACGGAUCUUGUAAGGGUGUCAAAUUUGCACUCAAGUCUAAAUGGAUUGACGAAGAAUCCUAUGUUCUUUUCCCGACCGCCCUUGGUCUUUUCACUGUUGGAACCUGUGGAGCCAUUGGUACUGAUGACCUCUUGGCCUGCUUCGUUGCAGGUAUGGCUUUGAACUGGGACGGCAACUAUCUCCGAGAGACUGAGCGUCGUCACGAUGAAGUCAACUCAUGUAUCGAUGUACUACUGAACUUUGGAGGAUUCAUGUACAUUGGUGCUAUUCUACCUUGGGGGGACUUCCAUGAUCCCACUGGUACUGGCAUCACCUGGGGCCGUCUUAUUGGACUUGGUCUCCUCAUCCUUGUCUUCCGCCGUCUGCCUGCCAUUUUCGCCUUCUACAAGCUCAUGCCCGACGUCUGUACCAACUGGAAGGAAGCUCUAUUCAUGGGAUACUUCGGACCCAUCGGCGCUGGCGCUGUCUUCUACGUUGAGCAUGCUAGACAUCUGUUCCCCCACGAUGGCGAAGGCGAUGAAGAGGAGACAAACCUCGUUCGUGCGAUGGGCCCCGUUGUCUACUGGCUGGUUCUCUUCUCCAUCAUCGUCCAUGGGCUUUCUAUCCCCGCUCUCAAUAUCUUUUACCAUUACACUGGAAAGGCACCAAUCCGGGAUGAUGCUGUUGAACUGAGACGCAUCUCUGUGCGAGUCGCGACUCCUCCAAAUGCUAUCGCGGGAGACAAGGAUACUUUUAUUGCGUACAACCGCUUCAGUCGUCAUGUUGACCCUAGUGCAGUUCAUCUGCCAUCUAGAAAAUCUCUUGAUGAUCAUAACCUCUCGGACGAUGAGGAUCUUGGCAAGGGGCAGAAGCGCGGCAUCGCGUUUGUUUAA